UACAAGGCCAGACUCACCCCACCAACAUCAUGUCUACCCAAAACGAAGAGCAGACGCGCUACGAACGCAUCAAAGAAAACUGCAAGAAGAUCUGGGGCGCCGACAAGGAGUUCGAAUUCGACAUCGAAACCGACGACUAUGAACACUACCAAUGCAUUGUGAGGGAAGACUACGGUCUCAGAUUUGGCUCACCUCUGGUGAUAGCAAGUGCACGUAACGGACCCAAUAAGGCUUGGGACGAGCUUGAUAGGAUGUUACGCCUUUGGGCUAGACAGGUGGAAAGUGGGAGGCCGAUGACUAGAGAAGAGCAAUUGGAGAUUUUCUCAGGGCCCCAUGGGGAGCAUAAGAGGGUUUUGGAAGAUUUUAUGAAUAGGAGAGAUGAGAUGGACGCGUUGGCUGCAGCAGCAAAAAAGGCUUGA